AUGUACAUCUUGAACAAGAAUCCCAUAGAUUUCACCGCUCGUUUCUCAACUUCGAGGACGGACGUCAUAAAAACUGGAAGUGGGAGAUACGAGUACAUGUCUGAUAUCGUUCAACAGAAAUUUCACUGGGCUAGAGUUCCUAAAGAAUGGAUGGAAACUAUGAACCGGAGAAGACAAAUGUUGUUCCAGAUGUGCCAGAACCAGAAUGAAACCAUAAUGCUAGGAACACCAAUUAAGGUGUCCAAACACGAAAUCCCGGACAGAAACUAUGUUGACGACAUCAGCCGAAUAAUUCUUUGUCCCAUUUCAAAAUCAGGCAGCAGAACUUGGUUGAAGAUCUACUUCAAACUGAAUGGGCAGAUGAACACUUCUGUAGAAUACAACCAAAUGCCUCUUCCGUAUUUCGAACCAUAUGUACGUAAACUUAAGACGUACACUGACUUUGGUAUCCAUGGUCGUGUAAACAGUUACCUAAAAAUAAUGACAGUCCGUCAUCCUCUGGUACGUCUUGUGUCGGCGUACAAAGAACAGGUGGCGCCAACACGCGGGCUGUUUAGAAAGUUAUUAGAGGACUUUCUCAUAAAAAGAAAAGGGAUGGCUGACGUUAAUAAAACACGCACGGUUACAUUUGUAGAUUUUCUACAAUUUACCCUCGAAUAUCCUAACAUCCACUGGGAUACAUUCAAUACGUUCUGUGCUCCGUGCAAAAUGCAGUAUGAUCUCGUAGUAUAUUUCGAGACUCUCGCAGACGACGCCAAAAACGUGCUGAGUCUUCUAGGAGCAGACGACAAGAUAAAACUCCCGCCUUCGCAUCGAGCAGAUCAAAUGUCCUCUGACGAUGAAGCCCGACAGUACUAUCAGGGGGUCGACAGGGAUCUAUUGAAGCAAGUUAUUGCAAAGUACUGGGCUGAAGAGAAGUAUUUUGGAUACAAUAUGAACAAAUUUUAA